AUGUACCCCUACCAGCUGGACGCUGCGAGACGCGGCCUCGAGCGUGAGCUACCGCGGCUCAAAGUCAACGAGCUGAAGGAGAUGUGUCUCCGCCUGGGCCUCGCGAGGUCAGGCCGAAAGGCCGAGCUGAUCCAGCGUGUCCAGGACCACUACCUCAACCCAAGCUCGUCGUUGGUUGUGCGUCAAAUCAUCCGGUCGCUGCUACACACGCCCGCCGCCCUCGACUGCAUCGAGCCCGGUGCCAGGCCCGGUUACCUCGCUGCGCAGCAGCCGCGCGCAGCCGCCAACUUCCGCGCCGUCGACCCUGGCCAGUCGUCACAAUCUUCGUCGUCGUCCUCGUCGACUUGCGCCGCCGGCGGGAGCAGCUUCGCCUCGUCCUCCGCCGCCGCCUCCUCCUCCGCGCAGGGCCCUGGCGGUGGCCUCAGCCCGGUGACUUCAGCCGCCGGCGGCUCCGGCGCCGGAGGGCGGGCCUCCAUGCCGCAGCGGACGCAUGCGGGCGGGCAUCAGCUGCAGGCAGGCACGAGCGCACAGGAACGAGCGCACGAGCGCACGAGCCAGCUUCUGAAGGGGCAGCUCGCGGCGGCGGAAGCUCGGCAGCUCGCGGCGUCGGCAGAGCGCCGCGUCGGCUGGCGCCAGUGA